GACCGGGAAAUUAAACAAUGACUGCCCUCGCGGUGGAGUAGCCUAGCAAAUCAGCAGCGGUUUUGCCGGGUGUCCGACUUAGGCUAAUAGGCUAUCAAGAUUGGAGUAGGCUAACGAGACGUUUCAUGGUGCGCGAGAGUAGCCCGCAGAGCUCUAUAAAGACCGACUCAAAACGCUAGCUACCUCACAGCACAGCAAUGCAAGCACUCACACUCGGACGAGCGCCGGGGACGAUCGAGGUGCGCACCGACGUGCCUGUCCCGCGGCCCGGCGACAACGAGGUCUUUGUGGAGAUCCUCUAUGCUGGAGGGAACCCGCCCGACACCUAUGUCCUCGAUCCCGUCCGUUCUGCCGCCUACCAGCACCCGGACAACGUCAUGGGGUCGGACUUUGCCGGCAUUGUGAGGGAGAGCAACGUCAGUCACAUUGCCGUCGGCGAAAAGGUGUGCGGAUGGCUGCCGGGCAACGCAACAACGAGGGGCUCAUUCGCCCAGUACGCAGUCUGCGACGCCGACCUAGUCAUACGCUGCCCCGACGACAUUCCCAUGGAGCAGCUGGCCGCGCUGCCCUUUUCCUUUUUCACCGCACUUCACGGUCUUGUAUGCGAGCUGAAUGUCGAUCUUCAGAGUGGUAAUAAGGGCCCCGCAGUGCUCGUCUGGGGAGCAGGCACUGCCUGUGGGCAGUAUGCUGUCCAGCUUCUCGUCCAGGCCAAGGUGCCCGUGGUCGCUGUCUCUGCGCAGUCCUCGCUCGAGUCGCUGCAGCGCAAGGGAGUCAGCGCCGCCUAUCCUCGUGAAGACAUUCCACAGACCUGCGCCGCCAUUCGAGAAAGCUGGCCAGACCUCGAGCUCGCCCUCGACUGUUUCGGCUCCACCGAGACCGUGGACGCGUGCGCCAGUGUCCUGCGCCGAGGACACAUGCAUGUGCUGGUUCCCAGCCAGCCGUCGGUCAGUCGACCCGAGGUCAAAGUCACGUUUGCCCUGAUUCACUCGAUGCUUGGCCGUCCCACGGACGUGCUUGGUAUGCUCCCCGUCCCGCCGACGCCCGAGAAGCUGGCUGCCGACUACAAGGUCGCGGUCUCCUAUGCGUCUUUUGACAGGGGACACCUGUACCGCCUCUUGCGACAAGGAGCCAUCCAACCACUCCCGGUGCAAAUCUGGCCACUUGAUGGCACUGCAGAGGCUGAUGACUCCCUCUCGAGGCUCAGCGGCAUCAAGUCGGCGAUCGAACAGGCGGCAGCUGGCCAGACACCCAGCGGCAAGAUUGUGCACCGGGUGGGAACUUCAACAUAGCUAGGAGACGUUGAUCAAUGUCAUAUACCUUCAUAAAUUUAGCAAAAUGCC